CCCCAUUACCCAGAAAUGCUGACAAGCCCAGCUGGAGUAAAGAAAGAUAAGAUGUUGCUGCCGCUGCUGCUGCCGCUGGCGCCGCUUUUCCUCCGCCCCCCGGGCGCGGGCGGGGCGCAGACCCCCAACGCCACCUCAGAAGGUUGCCAGAUCAUACACCCGCCUUGGGAAGGGGGCAUCAGGUACAGGGGCCUGACUCGGGACCAGGUGAAGGCUAUCAACUUCCUGCCCGUGGACUAUGAGAUUGAGUAUGUGUGCCGGGGAGAGCGCGAGGUGGUGGGGCCCAAGGUCCGAAAGUGCCUGGCCAACGGCUCCUGGACAGAUAUGGACACACCCAGCCGAUGCGUCCGCAUCUGCUCCAAGUCAUAUUUGGCCCUGGAAAAUGGGAAGGUUUUGCUGACGGGUGGGGACCUCCCCGCUCUGGACGGAGCCCGGGUGGAUUUCCGAUGUGACCCUGACUUCCACCUUGUGGGCAGCUCCCGGAGCAUCUGUAGCCAGGGCCAAUGGAGCACCCCCAAGCCCCACUGCCAGGUGAAUCGAACGCCGCACUCAGGUGAGAUCAGAAACCCUCAUCUCGCGCACUGCAAUCCCCUUACCCCUCACUCUUCACCCUCCACCCCCAGGGGUUCUGCCCGCAGGCUGUGGGGUCUCGUCCUUCUUCCCCCAACCACCCCCUCCCAGUUCACGGCCGGCCCCUUCUUUCCCUACCUGUUUUCUGCCUCCAGUCCUGGUUUUCUGCGAGGCCGCGGUCCCUCCCAACUCCCCGCUUGGCUGCCCUGCCCUGGGCUCCGCUCCUGCCAAAGGGCAGAGCCCGGCCGGGGGCGGGGGGCGCGGGCAGACCCCACGCUUUUCUCCAUUUGUUUCUCAUGCCCACCCAAGACUCUGGACGACCUAGAGGAGCGAGUGAAGGAGGCUGGAAUUGAGAUUACUUUCCGCCAGAGUUUCUUCUCAGAUCCAGCCGUGCCAGUCAAAAACCUUAAGCGCCAGGAUGCCCGAAUCAUCGUGGGACUUUUCUAUGAGACUGAAGCCCGGAAAGUGUUUUGUGAGGUGUAUAAGGAGCGGCUCUUCGGGAAGAAGUAUGUCUGGUUCCUCAUUGGGUGGUAUGCUGACAACUGGUUCAAGACCUAUGACCCAUCCAUCAACUGCACAGUGGAUGAGAUGACUGAGGCCGUGGAAGGCCACAUCACCACCGAGAUUGUCAUGCUGAACCCUGCCAACACCCGCAGCAUCUCCAACAUGACAUCCCAGGAGUUUGUGGAGAAACUGACCAAGAGACUCAAGAGACACCCCGAGGAGACAGGUGGUUUCCAGGAGGCACCGCUGGCCUACGAUGCCAUCUGGGCCUUGGCGCUGGCCCUGAACAAGACGUCCGGAGGGGGUGGCCGUUCGGGGGUGCGCCUGGAAGACUUCAACUAUAACAACCAGACCAUCACGGACCAAAUCUACCGGGCAAUGAACUCCUCGUCCUUCGAGGGUGUCUCUGGUCACGUGGUGUUUGAUGCCAGUGGCGCCCGGAUGGCCUGGACGCUCAUCGAGCAGCUGCAGGGUGAGCUCGGGCGCGGGGCCGGGCGGCCGGGCAGGGACUGGGCUGGGUCACCACCCGGGGAGGGACUUGGGGAGGGUGCCUCCCCGCCUCCUGCCCUUCUCUGA